AUGGGAAAUUGUGCUACUUGCGAUGAUCCAUCUAUUUAUGAGAAUGCAAAACCGGUUAAAAAUAAAACAAAUUUAGAAAACUAAGAGAAUAUUUAAUAACUCACUCCUAAGAGUAAAUUAUCUUAGAGCUUAGUUAAAUCAGAAAAUCCCAGUUUGAUUGUUUAAUAGCAUAUUAGAUAAGAUCUAAAGGUAUUAGAUUCAAUGCCAGAUUUCACUAAUUAAAAUACAAAAGCCUUACUAGAAAGAUUAUAACAAUUUAAUUACGAUCAAAAUGAACCAUUUGAAUUUAAAUAACUUCCUUUUUACGGACCAGUUGAGAUGGAACCUAAUGUAUUUUAUUAUGGACAAUGGAAAAAUGGGUAGAGACAUGGAAGAGGCAAGUAAGUUUGGGUGGAUGGUUCGAUUUAUGAAGGAUAUUGGUUUUAAGAUAAGGCUUGUGGAAAUGGAAGAUUAAUUCAUGCAGAUGGAGAUCUCUAUGAAGGAAAAUGGUUAAAUGAUAAAGCACACGGCUAUGGAAUUUAUCAUCAUAAAGAUGGAGCCUUUUAUAAAGGAGAGUGGUAUGAGGAUCAACAACAUGGAUACGGUUUAGAAAAAUGGGCUGAUGAUUCUAUGUUUGAAGGAACAUAUAACAAUGGUAUGAAAGAUGGUCAUGGUAAAUUUAAUUGGCCAGAUGGCAGUUGCUAUGUUGGAGAAUUUACAAAUAACAAUAUCCAUGGAAAGGGACACUAUUCCUGGGCUGAUGGGAGAGUGUAUGAGGGUGAUUGGAAAGAAAAUUAGAUGGAGGGUAAAGGAAUUUUCACUUGGUCUGAUGGAAGAAAAUACAUAGGAGAAUAUAUAGAUGAUAAGAAACAUGGUUAUGGAGAGUUUUUUUGGCCUGAUGGAAGAGUCUACAAGGGACAAUGGUAGGAUGGAAAAUAACAUGGAAGAGGAAAAUAUAAAGGAAUUAAUAAUGUCUUUAGGGAAGGAGAAUGGGUAGAAGGAAAAUUAUAAAAAUGGAUAUAAUGA